ACAGAAGGUAUGCAUACUAGCACAGAGUCCAACUGAGAGUCUUGCUGAGAGAGUUGCUGUAUUAGAACGACUGACAGAUAUUAAAUACAGCGCUUGGUUUACUGUCUGACAUCAGGUCGAUACCACCUGGUAGAUCUCUCGGUGCGCCAAAUGGGACGAGACUAGACCCCAGCAGGUCAAUCAUCCACAUGACGCUUCAAUGAAUCCACUUUGAUUAAAUGGACGCUAUUUUCUGCCAAAUAUGACAAUAUCGGUACAUCCUCAAAAGUUUGAAUUGAGGUGGUUGGAAGUUAAAUUGAACACGAACACCCCUGAAGAGAGCGAAUAUUCCCGAGACUGCAGGGUGUUUUUCGCUAUGGUUGAUCGGCACUGUAGAUGACAGUAAGCGCUUCCGCAUCGACCCGUAGCGUGCUGUCACGGGAGAAUGAAGAACUCAAAAUGUUGCAUAUUAAAUCAAACACCAAGGAGACGAACAAGAAUUAUACAAUGUAUCUAUGUGGUGGGGUUCAUGGACCUGUUUGGGGUGAGCUUGAUCAUUCCCCUGCUGAGUCACCAUGUCAAGGCCCUUGGUGCCAGCCCCACCGUGGCAGGCUUAGUAGGCUCCACAUAUGGGAUCCUACAACUCUUCUCUAGCACUAUAGUGGGCAGCUGGAGUGACGUGGUCGGGAGGCGAUACUCUAUGCUGAUGUGUCUGCUGCUGAGUGCUCUGGGCUACGGCCUGCUGGGGAUGUCCACCAGUAUCGCCCUGUUUCUCCUGGCUAGGAUCCCUGUGGGGCUGUUCAAGCACUCCCAGUCCAUCUCCCGGGCCCUGCUGUCUGAUCUGGUGUCUGAGGUGGAGCGCCCCCUAGUGAUGGGACACUUCAACGUGGCCUCCAGCAUGGGCUUCAUCUUGGGACCCGUGGUGGGGGGCUACCUCACUGAACAUGACAGAGGCUUCUACACCGCAUCCUUCACCUGUGCCGCCAUCUUCCUCCUCAACGCAGGUCUAGUUUGGCUGCUUCCCUGGAGCGAUGCACUAACCCCACGCACCGAUGCUAACUCCAACAGCAGCGCUAGCAAUGCCAGCUGCCACGACAAUGACAACCACUUCACGUCAACACAUCAAAACUGCUCCCAAGGCAACAGCGACAACCAAACGACAGCGCCGGCGGCAGCGGUCACAGGAUCCGUGGCUCCAGAGAAGAACCAGAGGAGCUGGAGCUGGGAUCUGGACUGGGGGGAGGUGUCCCUGCUCCCUUCUGCCUGGCGUCAGCUCUCUUCGGUGGGCUCCAAGAUUAGCAAUGUGGCCUCCUCAGACAUGUGGGACCUGUUCCUGGUGCGUCUGCUAAUGGCCAUGGCCAUAAUGCUGUACUACAGUAACUUCUCCCUGGCCAUGGAGGAGCGCUUCAUGCUGAAGCCCAAUGCCACAGGUUAUCUAAUCAGCUACAGCUCUACCCUGGGAGCCCUAGCCGGGUUCCUGGUGGGACCCAUCACUAAACUGUACGUUAACAAGAUGUCGGCGCUGUUGCUACACUCUUCGGUCCUCACGUGUUUCCUGAUCCUGCUCUACGCCGUAGCGCCCAGUGUCUGGCACGUGUUGUUAAGUUCCACUUUCAUCGCCAUCUCUAUAACCAUCGGACGCACCUGCAUCACUGACCUGAUACUGCAGAAAGGGGGCGCUCACGCCAGCGGCACACUCAUCGGGGCGGGGCAGUCAGUGACCGCGGUGGGGCGCGUGCUCGCACCCCUACUCUCGGGGCUGGCCCAGGAAUUUAGUCCCUGUGGGCCCCCGAUUCUGGGGGUAGGGCUGUCGUUAGCGGGCAUCGUCCUGCUGUUGGUCAGGGUGCCAAAAUGGGAUGAGAGGGGCAAGAGGAAAGAGGCAGAACUCUGAGUCACUCACAGUGAGAGAGUGAAUGAAUGAGAGAGUGAAUGAAUGAGAGAGGGUGAAAACUACCACAGCACUGGAGACUGAACUGAUGGGGCUGGUUUUCGUUGACGUGUCAGCUGGGGGUUGUUUCAUUGUUUGUUUUUUUAGCCACAACUCCAGCUCUGUUGGUUGGGUCUCGAUGUGAUGACAUCACAGCACCGAUAGGACCCAGGUCAUCAUCAGCAUCGCUCUUCCCCCCACUUCAGUCCCCCAAACAGACCGGGUCAUCAUCAGCAUGGCUAUUCCUCACUUCAGUCCCCCAAACAGACCAGGUCAUCAUCAGCAUGGCUAUUCCCCACUUCAGUCCCCCAAACAGACCGGGUCAUCAUCAGCAUGGCUAUUAUCCACUUCAGUCCCCCAAACAGACCGGGUCAUCAUCAGCAUGGCUAUUAUCCACUUCAGUCCCCCAAACAGACCGGGUCAUCAUCAGCAUGGCUAUUCUCCACUUCAGUCCCCCAAACAGACCGGGUCAUCAUCAGCAUGGCUAUUCUCCACUUCCGUCCCCCAAACAGGGGAGAAUGCAAAAAGUUCAGUGUUGCCAAGGCGACCGUGAACAAAGCCAGCAACCCUCUGUAAAAGGAAUGGGAAGUUGUCCAUGCUAAGUUAGCUUAGCGUAGGUCAACAGCAUGUCAGUGGCUCAUUAGGUUCUUAUAACCUAGAAAUAAUCAAAUGUUUAUGUCUCUAGUGAGAGGCAAUAAUUCAAUUAAAAACAACAACAUAUAAGUCUAAUGUUACUCUAAUGUAAUCCUGCUCUUCCUUAAUAACCACUACAAAUAGUCCAGGAAAGUAUUGGUACUGAGAAUGCUAAUUUCCCCCAAAUGCUCUGUUUCUGACCUAUCUUAUGAGGGUGGACAGCAGGUGAAGGGGCUUUCCUCUCUGGCGCCACAUUCUAUUUUCUCUCCCUUCUCACAGAAGUGUGCACUCCGUCACCCUCCCUUUAAGGGUUGAACAUAUUUGGAUUGGUGUGAAUACAUCCACACCACUCCAGUGCUUUUGAAUCCUUUUGUGUGAGUGAUCUAGUACAUACUGGGGAAACGGAUCAAGAACCUUAACUGAGCUUGAGUACUGGUUGUCCACAGGCACAUAUCUAGGAUUCAUUUAACCCUUCCUAAACCCUAAAAUCCUAAACCCUAAACCCUAACCACGCGUGGGGAAGUAAAACACAUUUUCCAAGGAUCUUAGGUCAGUGUCUGUGGGUAACAUCAUCGUACUUCCUUUAACCACUACGGUAUCAGGGCCUUUUCAAUGGAAAUGUUUACUUUUAUACAAAUAUAUAAUUUAUUUUCAAUUUUAAAUCAUUUAUUUUCCCUUAUUCUACAUUGUCCAUGUUGAGUUUAGUCUAAUUCAUAAAUGUACUGUUCAGUAUUAUUUAUAUAUGAAUGAUCUUAUUUUGAAUGGAGUUGCCCAAAUGCUACUGAAUGUUAUGAAGACACUUAUUGUGCUGAAUGAUUCAUAUGAAGGAAGUAAAGACCAUUUGACAAUAAAAUAAGUUCCUAAACAAGUGAA